CUUCCGCGGUGGCAGAGGUUGUGAGAGGCCAUACUCCGCACCAGCCUGGUCAAGGUGGUGGAGCUGGUCCGUUUGCGAACGGCCACAAACCAGAGCGCGUGACUGUGCGAAGGAGGGCCUUGUCCACCUGUGUAUUGGCUACUGCCGCCGAGGGCAGAGAGUACGGAGGAGGAGGGGUGGAUCCCAAUGAGCCAGGGACAUUACUCAUGUUGGGAGCAAAUGCGUGUGGGCAUGGGUUUAUUGGUAAUCGUGAGUCGGUGGCAUCAUCAUUUCCCUCUGCCUUGCCAUCUCAGUCCCAUAGACUGGACGCCGAGUUGGCCCUCUAUUGUGACUUGAGUUCGUGGCCUCGGGAAUUAGGGACGCGAUAUUUUUUCUUCAUUUCUUUUUCGGUUUUUUGCACCCGCGAAAUUUCGGAUGUGGCUUGCCCGGUCGGGGGGCGCAAUCCGGACGCCAUGAAUCAAUGCAGGGACGAAAAAGUUAAUCGACCGACUCACCGCCGUGCUGGAAUAAUAGCGCUGGAUCCGAUUGGCGUAUUUGCGUUCUGCCUCAUGGGCUUGUUGCGCUACGCAUCCGUAGUGAACGAAGGGGAGCUGGUGAAGGGCGAGAGGGGAGCAGAGGGGAGAAAUAGUGAUCAAGGAGAGAUGAUAAUGAUGACUCAAGCUCAUUCAACACAGACGGAUGUAAAUUGCUUUUCUGAACUAGGAAGGGGAGUCAGUGUUAUCCUCUCGAGAAUCCCAGAUGGGAGCUCGAUCCGCAUCGUUGCGACCUCAGCCACUGACGAACGCACAUGUGUGGGCGUAAUAGAGGAGACGCGGGUGUUUUGA